GCCGGGCCUCUGAUCCUUGUGGAUCUGGUCCUGAGGGUCCCUGUCUCCACCCCGGUGGCGCGGAAGGCGGGCUCCGGGCCACACCGGAGCUUAGGGGCCGGGGCGUCCGCCCUCCGCCAACCCGCGGCCUCCCCGCCCUCCCGGGUUACCGCGGCGGCUUUACGGUCCGCCAGGCCGGGGAGGGACGCGGCAGGCGCCGCUGCGGCCGCGGGGGGCGGGGAGGCGGCCGUGAGGAGGCGGAGCUGCGAGGCCGCCCGUCGCCGGGCCGCCGCCGCGGUGCCCGCUCCUCCCCGCGCCGUGCCGCGCCGUGCCCCGCCCGGCCGCCUCGCCUCCUCCGCGGCGGGCCCCCCUCGCAGCUGCGCGGCCGCGGACACCGAGGCAGGCGCGAGCCAUGGAGGGCAACCGCGACGAGGCGGAGAAAUGCGUGCAGAUCGCUCGCGAGGCCCUGAGCGCCGGCAACCGCGACAAGGCCCAGCGCUUCCUGCAGAAGGCCGAGAAGCUGUACCCGCUGCCGGCCGCGCGCGCGUUAUUGGAAAUAAUUAUGAAAAACGGCAGUACCGCUGGAAGUAGCACGCAUUGCCGAAAACCUCCUGGGAGCAGCGACCAGAGCAAGCCCAGCUGUGGGAAGGACGGCACUUCCGGUGCUGGGGAAGGCGGGAAAGUCUAUACCAAAGACCAAGUAGAGGGUGUGCUCAGCAUAAACAAAUGUAAAAAUUACUACGAAGUCCUCGGAGUUACAAAAGAUGCUGGUGAUGAAGAUUUGAAAAAAGCUUAUAGGAAGCUUGCUUUGAAGUUUCAUCCAGACAAAAACCACGCCCCUGGAGCCACGGAUGCUUUCAAAAAGAUUGGAAACGCUUAUGCUGUCCUAAGCAAUCCAGAGAAACGAAAACAGUAUGACGUCACAGGCGGUGAAGAGCAAGCCUGUAACCACCAGAACAACGGCAGGUUCAAUUUCCACCGGGGCUGUGAGGCCGACAUAACUCCCGAAGACCUGUUCAAUAUCUUCUUUGGCGGUGGAUUUCCUUCAGGUAGUGUACAUUCAUUUUCAAAUGGCCGGGCUGCUUACAGCCAUCAACAUCAGCACCGACACAGUGGGCAUGAAAGAGAAGAAGAAAGAGCAGAUGGAGGCUUCUCUGUCUUCAUUCAGCUCAUGCCCAUCAUUGUGCUGAUCCUUGUGUCCUUGUUAAGCCAGCUGAUGGUCUCGAACCCUCCGUACUCCUUAUACCCCAGAUCUGGAUCAGGACAAACUAUUAAAAUGCAGACAGAAAACUUGGGUGUUGUUUAUUACGUCAGUAAGGACUUUAAAAGCGAAUAUAAAGGAACACUAUUACAAAAAGUAGAAAAGAGUGUGGAAGAGGAUUACGUGACUAAUAUUCGAAAUAACUGCUGGAAAGAAAGACAGCAGAAAACAGAUAUGCAGUAUGCGGCCAAAGUGUACCGUGAUGAGCAGCUGCGGAGGAAGGCGGACGCCCUGAGCAUGGAGAACUGCAAGGAGCUAGAACGGCUGACCAGUCUCUACAAGGGGGGAUAAGCUGGGUCCCGCCUGCUCCUUUCUGUGUACUCUGUCUUCUCUGUAAAUUUCAUGUCGCCAUGAAGCUGAAGAAGAUGUGAUUAAAGACUAAGCUGAGUAGUUGAUUCCUGAAA